AUGGAUUACCCUGCUAAUUACCAACAACAGGCUUACGACCCCUCGUCUCAAAUCCAAGCCUACGAUCAAUCCGCACAAGCUUAUUAUGCAUACCAUCAAUAUAAUAAUCAACAGCAGCAGGCCUAUUACGGUUACGCUCAGCAUCAACAACAAGGAGAACCAACCCCACCUGGGGUUACAGUGCCACAGCCCGUAACACUACAAGCGGCAGAGCAAGCCAAGAAUUCUUAUUACUACCCACAAGCUGUUCCUUUGAAUAUGGAUCCGCAACAAGGAGGAAAUGCUCCUGGAGGUGGAUAUGGAAUUGGGGCAAUGCCCACUGGACCCCACCAACCGAUUACACAAGCUUCAUAUGGGGGUAAUGGCAUAUUGGAUGGUGAACCCUCUCGAGGAACUCAAAGCCAAGUUGGUCCUAAACCAAAUGUUCCGGGCCGUCCAUUUCGCGGUCGAGGACGUGGCAGGGGCCGUGGUAGGCAUGCGUCAGUUGCAACUCAAGUGUCCAUGCCUGUCGCAGGUGUAGUUCAUUCAGCGCCAGUUUGGCCACCUCCAAAAAUCUCAUGGUGUGAACUAUGUAGAGUCGACUGCAACACCCCUGAAAUUCUUGAGCAGCACAGGAAUGGGAAAAAGCACAAAAAGAACUUGAAAGUUUAUGAAGAGUUACAAAGACUUAACAAAGACCUGACUGGAGGACGGAAUGAGCAACCAUUGACCUUUGAAUUGAAACCAGAAGGUUCUUCGCAGGCUGUAGAAAGUGAGGGAGAUGGGACUAAGCAACCUCUACAAGAGAAUUUACUUUCUCAAGCUGUCGGAGAAGAAAACAUAGUUUCAACUGAGAAUCAAAAUGUUGAAGAGGUUGAACCUAAUGAAGAAUUAGCACAAAAUCUGAGGAUGAACCAUUAUGAAGGUCGAGGGCAUGGUUUCAAGCGUAAUAUGAGGGGUGGUGGUAGAGGGGGUAAAUGGAUGAGGUUUAAUGAUGGAUCAAGAAGACCGAUUGAGCCUGCUAUGCCCAAAGGAUUUGUUCCCUUGAUAUGUGAAUUGUGUAACGUGAAGUGUGAAUCUGUGAUUACCUUCCAAGGUCAUUUGGUGGGAAAGAAGCACCAGUCGAAUGCUAAGCGAUUUCAAGGCCACCAAGAUAUUAUUGGGCAAGCAGCACUACAAGCUCUUUUCCCAGCACUUCAAGCACUUUAUCCACAACUUCAAGUUCUUUGCCAGCAGAACCCUAAUGCUUCAUCUUCCAUCGCUCCUCUAAUUCACCCGCAAGGUUUUCCAGGACUCGAUGGUAAUUUUACACAGCCAGGUGAUUCUGGGUGGACUCAAGGUCAAGCAUCAACAGUGGGACCAGUAGCUUUAACGGUGAUGCCUCCACCUCUGGCCAUGGAAGCUCAGGACUCGCAGACCAGCAAUCUUCUACGUUUGGCAUCAGAAACCGGUCCACAGAAUGCUGCUACAGGUGAAGCAUCAAAUCAUGUUCAGUCAAACAUCGAUCAUUCCAGUGACGGUUUAGUUGUGGCACCAACGGAACAUGUGGCUGCUGGUUCUGAGUUUGUUUCUUCUGGAACUCACACAGAAUGA